UUGCAUUGGGGAAGUCUAUUUAUAGUGGAAAAAGAAGAGCAAUGUGAAAGAAGAAUCGUGGAUGAGUUUGGUUGACGGAUGCGGUGACAUCAGGUUCAGAGAACUUUUGCGAUGAAACAAAGCCUACAGUGAUUUGUUGACCACUCUAACGAAAUAAAAAAAGUCUUUAUUAACAGGGCAAAGAUAACCUGACCCAAUUGAGUUUUGCUAUCUGAUCUAUGAAUCCGGCCAUGAAUAAUAGAGAGAAAACGGUGGUUAUGUGUGCUCCUCAUAUGGAUAGUGUCAAUGAGCUCGAUCAGAAUAUUAUUGUUGUUAGAAUUAUGAAUGCAGAAAUUAACUGAUGCUGUAGUCUGGGCUUGUCUUUUGUUCAACUACUCGUAUGUAAACGAACGAAGCUGCAGAAGUGUAAUCGAUCGAGAACUAAAGCAUAGAUUUUACCCCAAAAAAAGAGAGAGAAAAGAAGAAAGGCUAUAGCAUAGAAAAUAGAAAAAAGACCGACUUCUUCCGUGUUCUGUUGACGCUCUCUGACCCGACAGCGACGGUGGAAGUAGGCAACUAAACUACAACUCCUCCCAUUUGUAGGGCCCUCUAAUCUCAUAUGCCCCCCACCCCAACACACUCCGAUUUCACACUGUUGAGUUGAAACUUUGUGCUUCACUUUCAUAGUAUCAUGCAUUUUUUGAUGGAUUCAUACUAUCUUCCAUUAUGAUACUAUAAAAAUAAUGUUGGGAGGGUUGAAGUACGAGAAAAUCCACUAAUUCACUUCCUCGGUGCUUAGUUAGAUAGAUAGGUGCUUGCUUAUUUAAGCACAUCACAGAGAGGCGCUCCAGCACUCUGUCCCUCCCCAGAGAAAGCAGGGGCGCUCAGGAAGAUACUAAAACCAGCUGCAGCGAUAUCCUCCGACCAAGUAUGAGUUGCUGGAAAUACAAAGCCGGGUUGCUUCUCAUUGUCACUCUGGUAAUCACGUGGGUCACUUCUGCAGAGGUCACACAGGAAGUUUAUGAUGGCUACAGACAUCCCUUUGCAGUGACAUACCUUGGAACCUCGCUUUUGGCUGCUUAUCUCCCUAUAGCAUUAGUAAAAGAUUGGCUGUUGAGAUUAAUGAGAUGGGACGGCAUUGAAACCGAAAGUGACAGUGCAGAAGCAGUGGAUCUAUCCUUCGCAGUCAAACAGGGAGCGACGCAGAGAAAUGACGUUGAAAUGCAAAACCAAGGGAAAGUAAACAACAGCAAGGGCUACAGUUCUCUUGAGGAGGAAAAGGCACUUAUUUAUCACCAAAAAGGCAGUGAAGCCAUUGUCGGACAUGACACAAAGAUGACCAUUAAACAAAUUGCAAAAGUGGCUUCUAUAUUGGCUCCCAUUUGGUUUGCAUCCGAGUAUCUAAUGAAUGCUGCACUUGCUCGGACCAGCGUUGCCAGUACGACCAUUCUGUUUUCUACAUCAGGAGUCUUCACUCUUCUAAUUGGUGUGAUCUCGGGAGAGGAUUCCAUUAGUAUCAUACAAGUUAUUUCUGUUGUUGUCAGUAUAGCAGGUGUCGCCAUGACCUCGCUGGGCAAGAGCUCUGCAACCAACGAAUCGCAAUCAACCGCAACUAUAAGCAGAGGCGGAGGCGAUUCUCUUCUUGGAAAUAUAUUUGCUCUCCUCUCAGCUGCAACUGAUGGUCUAUUUGCUGUGCUGCUCAAAAAGUUUGCUGGAGAAGGAGGAGACAGAGUGGACUUGCAAAAAUUAUUUGGAUGCAUUGGAAUAUUCUGUGUUGGUUCUCUUUGGUGGCUUGCAAUGCACUAAUAACAAGUUACAAGAGCUCCAGCUGCACCACUGCUGAAGGGAACUGGAUGCAGGGCAUCAUGAGACUAAUCUAAAAUGUUAAAGAAAUGAAUGGCUGUUUAAAAUACAAUAAUCCUAUUUAUCCAAUUCUGAAUGGAUGAAAAUUGGGUCUUUUCAUUCGGCACAGCCUGAAACAUAUGCAAACUGCAAAUAUCAAUUUUUCCUUCUCUCCCAAGGGAUAUUCAUGAGCCUAGAAAAUCAAUUGUGCUAUGUGAAGGUAGCAAUGUCGGGCAAAAACUGGCGGGGCCAAACCCCUUUUUUUCUUCUGCAUAAAAUAAAAGAAACCUCAGAAAUUAAAAUUACUUUAGCUGCGGACUCCAUCAUUUUAACUAAUAAAUGACCAGCACAUUGGAAUUGAAUUUCUGUGUCGUAAGUGCAAUGAUUUUUUUUUUUUUACUAUACUGUGAGAAACACGUAGCCAAUGGAAUCUUGAUUUCACUUUGUCACUUUGUAAGAGAAGCACGAGUGUUUACAGCUCAGGAAAAAUCAUCAUUUCUAUUGUUGAAAAAAUUUGUUACUUCAAUUUACUCGACCACUUAACAAUGUAGCUGGAAAUGGUUGAUUCAC